UAACAAGUCAUUGGCCUCCUUUACAAAUACAAAUUGUGGCAGUAUGAUUAUUAUGCUAGGUGAUGUUACUUCGUUACGUUCCGUUGACACAUAACUGUUAACAGUUUGUCUUCAAUUUACCACUUAAGUUAUGUUUUAAUAGUCUGAGAUUUUAAAAAUAAUGACAUUGCGAUACUGUCUGAUGACAGUUGGUCAUAUCAGCAUUCCUACGAAGGUACUGGUAUUGUAUUGACCUUGGGAAUAAUGACAACUUUGACUCUGCUCUUAUACAUAUUUCUAUUGGUUACAAUCUUUGUCACAUGAAUUAUACUUAGUCGCGUUCUCACUGUCAUCGUAAGCGUAACUAUGCACUAUUUAUCUAUUUUUUCGAGUUUCGUCGCAUUUUUAAGUCGCUGUCAAUCCGUCGCCAAGGCCUACAAUAGAAAAUUUUUAUUACUCUUAUCUUAAUACGCUUUUUAAAUCCAUUAAACAUUGAUAUCAAAUUAAGAUUGCAUUAAAUAACUAUUCAGAGUGAAAAUUUAUUGACAAGUUAUUUUUAUCAAGUUUUUAUUUUAAUCGAAAUAGUCAAUCAUGAAUGGUGAUGAAAAAAAUGAUACAAAAAAACUUAAAUAUCCGAAGGCCGUAUUCUUUAUUAUUAGUAGUGAAUUCUGCGAAAGAUUUUCUUACUAUGGAAUGCGAACAAUACUGUCUUUGUACCUGAGUUCCAAGUUAGAAUACAGUGAUGACACGGCUACAAUUAUCUAUCAUAUAUUCACAAUGCUUGUGUAUUGCUUCCCGAUAAUUGGUGCAAUUAUCGCAGAUUCGUUUCUAGGCAAGUUCAGGACCAUUUUGUAUUUAAGUAUCGUUUACGCGAUUGGACAACUUCUAUUAUCGGCAAGCGCCGCACCUACAUUUGGGUUACCUAUUAGAGAAUUUUCCAUCCUGGGUUUACUUCUGAUUGCACUGGGAACUGGUGGAAUAAAACCAUGCGUCUCGGCUUUUGGUGGGGACCAAUUUAUUCUUCCCCAGCAGGAAAAAUAUUUCGCAAUGUUUUUCUCUUUUUUUUACUUUGUUAUUAAUUUGGGUUCGUUGAUCUCGACAUUUGCUACUCCAGAAUUGCGACAUAGCGUUAAAUGUUUUGGAGAUCAAACUUGUUACUCUGUUGCAUUUCUUGUUCCGGCUAUUUUGAUGAUUUCAUCAAUUGUUAUUUUUGUACUUGGAAAACCGAUGUACAGAAUAAAAAAACCUGAAGGAAACGUUAUUCUUAGUGUUACCAAGUGUAUUUGUCAUGCGAUUUAUAGAAAAAUGAGCAUGAGAGAAAAAAACCAUGAUCAUUGGCUAGACUAUGCGGAUGAUAAAUACGACGCAAGGUUGAUUUCUAACAUAAAGUCAUCGCUUAAAGUUAUCAAAAUUUUGAUACCAGUGCCAUUGUUUUGGGCGCUAUACGACCAACAAGGAUCGCGGUGGACAUUCCAGGCGACGAAGAUGGAUGGCCAGAUCGGGAGUUUUGUUCUCAAAGCCGACCAAUUACUAGUUGUCAAUCCAAUAUUCAUCGCCAUACUCAUUCCCAUUUUUGACACUUGCAUUUAUCCUUUAAUGGCUAAAAUUAAAUUUAUAAAUACGCCAUUGAAAAAAAUGGCCACUGGUGGCUUUCUUGGCGGUCUCGCGUUUAUUGUUUCUGGUAUCGUGGAACUGCAACUCGAGAAAACAUAUCCAGUAUUACCGUCCAGCGGAUUAGCGCAGUUGAGGCUGUUCAAUCCAAAUAAUUGUGAUAUAGGAAUUAAAUUAAAUAAUAAUCAAACCUUUGAUAUAUCACCAUUUGCAAUGUGGCAAGACACAAAUAUAAAUACAAUUGGUGAUAAUUCAAUCGAAUUUGAGACAAAUUUUUCAAAAUGUGGUUUUGAAAAAUUAAAUCGAGGAUUAUUAAAUCUGACUGAAAAGAAAGCGAUCUCCUACGCUUUGAUACCUGAUUCUAGUCCAUAUGAAUACGAAGACCAUGUAAAUAAAACAGAAAUUGGAAAUCCAGCAGUACGGAUACUUACACACAAUGCUCUGGGCACUCCAGUAAUUGUAGAAAUUGUAAAUAGUAAAGAUCAAAUUCUUCAUAAAUCAGUAGUGAAUGGCAAAGUUGAGCAUUCGCUCUUCGUUCCCCUUGAUCCAGGAACUUACAGAGUCAAAGUAAACGAAGUCAGUAACGAAAUAGUAUUACGCAUGGGCGGCGUUUAUACCGUGCAGGCUUACGCGUCCAAAGAAUUAAAUACAGCCAAAAUAGUGACAGUAACUCAGCCGAAUUCAAUGCACAUACUCUGGUUGAUUCCUCAGUAUGUCAUCAUCACCAUGGGCGAAGUGCUGUUGUCAAUUACAGGAUUCGAGUUUGCAUUUUCUCAGGCUCCCGUCAGCAUGAAAUCUUUGCUGCAAGCCGCUUGGUUGUUUACUGCUGCCGCUGGUAAUUUCAUUGUCGUGAUAGUUACCGAAGUAAAAAUUUUUGAAAGACAGGCAAAUGAAUUUUUCCUUUUCGCGGGACUUAUGAUUGUCGACAUGGUGAUAUUUGCAGUCAUGGCCAAAUUCUAUAGAUACAUUGUCGUCAAUGAUAGUGAUGAAGAAAUCCCAGAAACAAGUAACUGUACAACACUCAAAGACUAUGGAAAAACUAAUUUGUCUUUCACAAAAGAUGAUGAAUAAAAAUUUUAUUUUUUAUUAUUUUUUAAGCUGUAUUAUUACCCAAAAUUAAUUAUGUUGUUUACUUGUUGAUUUAUAAGUUAAUUGUCUGUAAUUAUAAGUUUUUAAGUAAUAGUGUA